AUGAAGGACGUUGGGGGGAAGGCGACUAAAGUGAAGGCAGUUGGAGGGAAGGCAGCUGGAGGGCAAACGGCUGGAAGUGCACCCGCCGCUUCCAUCCCCGCCGCUUCGCCCCCCCGGGCGGCCGUGCUGAAGGCGCAGCGCGAUUUGAACGGCAGCGCGUGUAAGACGGCCAGGAAGAGGGUCGACCCGCAGGGAAAGGGCGGAACGGAGGGCGACCAUGCGGGGGAGGAAAAAAAAAAAAAAAAAACCGAGCAAAAAAGAGAGCAAAAAACAGGGCAAAAAAGAGAGCAAAAAACAGGGCAAAAAACAGAGCAAAAAACAGAGCAAAAAAAAGAACCAAAAACGGGGCCAAAAAAACCGCAACAAAUUGACAUUGAAAAGCUAGUGGAGGAGAACGUGGAGCAACUGCCCCUGGACAGCAGGGAAAAGGAAGUGAUCAAAAAUAAAUGGAAAUACAUUUUAAAAAAAAAUAAAGAGAAAUAUGGGAAAGUGUCUGAUGGGAAUAAAGUAAAAAUUUAUAACGACGGACAUGCAGCCUUCAGAGACAUCCUCCAAUCUAUAGAGAAAAGCAAAAAGAGGGUUUGGCUUGAGUCCUACAUAUUUGACGAUUCUGAGUUGGCCAAGGAAGUGGUUGAUAGUCUGUGUAACGCGGCGAGGAGGGGAUGCGAUGUCAUUCUUUUGAUAGACUACAUUGGUAGUAUGAAGAUUAAAAAUAAAUGGGUGAAUCAACUGAGGGAGAGUAACGUGCAUGUGCUUUUCUUUAACACCUUUUUGAGCUCCUUCUUGAACAUGUUUCCCAUUCUCUUUCGAGACCAUCGGAAGAUCCUCAUCGUGGACGCCGCUGCGUACUGUGGUUCGAUGAAUGUGUCCGAGAGCGUCGUCCCCAGCGGCGUGGGCUGGCGCAGCGGGGGGGAAGCGGCGAGCGAGGCGGUGAGCGAAGCGGUGCACGCGGCCGACGCGACGGAGGGAGCGGUGGACGAAGCGGUGGAGGUAACGGAAGGGGCUUCCUCUUCCACUGCCGCUUCCCCUUCCACCGCUUCCUCGGCCUCCUCUACGGGGGGGGGAAUCAUGCCCGGCCGGUGCGAGCAUUCCGAAGCGAGCCAAAGGAAAGGCAGCGGCAAUGAUAGCGGCAACGACAGCGGCGGGGGCAACGGCAAACGGCUGCGGUACUACGACCUGCACAUAAAGAUGAAGGGGCCCGCGGUGAAGGACCUGGCGGACGUGUUCUUGGACUCCCUUAAGAUGGCCAAGACGUCCCUCACGAGGGAGCCAAUCGAGGAGCAGCCAAGGUAUGAGGACGAGGAGGGGGAGUCUUGCUUCGUGCAAGUGCUGGAGUCCAACGUGCUGAGGAAGGUUCGGUCCAUUCAGUCGACCUUUGAUUGGGUUAUUAAAAACGGAGCGACGAAGAACAUCCACAUAACGACUAGCUAUUUCAUCCCCCCCGGGUUCCUCAGGAGGGCUCUGUUUUCUGCCCUGAACAACGGCGUGGACAUUUCGUUCCUCCUGUCUGGCAAUUCGGACGUGCUGGGCGACGUGCCCGCCACAUACCACAUUGUUAAGAAGUUCCUGCGGAGGUACCACAAGGGGGGGGGCGGCGCGAGUGGAGGCGGUGGAAGCGGUGAAAGCGGCGGAAGCAGCGGAAGCAGCGGCGGGAGUGGUGGCGAUGAAGGGGCGUCCUACCUGCAGAGCCUGCGCAAGCGAGCGGAAUCCACCAUAGGAGAGAACUUCCGGAGGAGGCAGCACAAAGGGAAAAGCGACUUUUACUUCUUCCAGAACAGACACUGCCAUGCAAAAAACCUAGUCGUAGAUAACCUGUGGUGUGCCGUGGGCUCCUACAAUUGGGACCGCUUCUCCUCGAGACGUAACUUGGAGGUGAUGGUUUCAAUCUUCAAUAAAAAGAUUUGCGACGAAUUUGUACAUGAGCAUAAGAGCAAAAUAGAAAGCGAUGCCAAGCAAGUGACUCUGGCCCACCUCGUCAACCGCAAUGCAUUUCAGGGCUUCCUCAGCUGCUGUGCCUACCACUUGACCAAGUGGUCCGGCAAGAAGAUCCUCGACGGGCUCUCCAACGAUAGCAAGAACGCCGUUCUUAGGAAGGCCGUCGUCAACAAGUACCUCUCGGACACCUGCGUGGAGAACAUCUCCCUCAACAUGAUGUGGGGCGCCUAG